UGGUGAUCCCGAUUCAAGUUCCCGGAUAAUGACGUCAAUUCUGCCUCAUCCGCCAUAUUUCCUGUAAAUUUACAUUUUUGCAGCCAGGGUUGAUCGGUUGUCGCAAAGUAGAGAGGACAAACUAUCCAUUUGAGCUAAAAGCGUGUAUACUAUAAACAAACAUAAUGGCUGCACAACCGAAUCCCCAGAAUCCCCAGGCUGGUCCUGGUGGACCACCGUCAGCGGUUGGAGGUCCCGGGGGACCCCCCAAUGCCCCAGCACCAGCCCAGCCCAGCAAACGUCUACAGCAAACACAGGCACAAGUUGAUGAGGUUGUGGACAUCAUGAGAGUGAAUGUUGACAAGGUGUUGGAGAGAGAUCAGAAAAUAUCAGAACUCGACGACAGAGCUGAUGCUCUACAGGCAGGUGCCUCUCAAUUUGAGGCAAGUGCUGGCAAGCUGAAAAGAAAGUUCUGGUGGAAGAAUUGCAAGAUGAUGAUAAUACUUGGAAGUAUAAUUGCUGUAAUAGUAAUUAUAAUUGCUGUUUGGGUGGCAACAAGUCAACAAGGGAAUCCAUCAAAUACCACUUCUAAACCUUGAUCUUCUGGACUGCAGACCUCUGGUGCAAACACUAUAAACUCUCUCGCUGGUCAGUGGGACAGGCUGACCAGUGAAACCUUUUCCUCUUCAUUAGAACAAUGGAAACACUUCCUAUUAAUUUAAGAUUUGUGUCAUUUGCAAAAUUCAUGUGUGUUUGACACGUGUCAAUCUGUUUUUUUGUUGUUGAUAUAUAUUUCUAAGCUGGGUUGACAUCCCUCAGGAACAUAUGUCACUAACAAAUACAUUGUAUUGACAUUUGACCGUAUCUUUGGUGUGUAUGGUGUCUGUGUCAUUGACAUGUUUGCUGUAUCAUCUGUGUCAUUGACAUGCUUGGUUAUUAUGUCAUUGGCAUGUUUGGUAUUUCAUCUAAGUCAUAGACAUGUUUCCUGUAAUAUCUGUGUUAUUGACAUGCUUGUUAUUAUUCAGUGUCUUUGACAUAUAGGACGUUAAACAAAAACAAACCAAACCAAACCAAACUUUGACAUAUCUGUUGUUACAUCUAUGUCAUUGGGAUGCUCUUUCUAACAUCAGUGUCGUGGACAUGUUUGUUUUUUACUGUCAUUGAUAACUGUAACAAAUUUUCUUGAAAAAAAGUUGAAGUGUUUCCAUUGAUCUUGACAUAAAAUUAGUAUAUACAAUAUAAAUGUGUAAUAGUAUAGUAGAGGGAGGACAUGUACUGCCCCCUAUAGGGUGUAGCAUAUGUUCUAAGGACUCCCAUAGCAGUGAGGGGAGACAACUAGAUAGAUGCCACAGUUGUUGGGUGUAUGGUGUAGAGUGAGAAUUAGUACAUUUCAGUCAUAUUUAUUGUUAUACUGUAUAUAUCAUUGAAUGAGAACAAUCCUGAAAGCACUGUUGUUGUGUUAGCAUACGUGCUCAUUAACACUGAUAAUUUAUCAGGCACUGAAAUUUAAGUAAAAAAAAAACAUCGCUCUCAGUCUUUCUUUCGUUACUGUGUAACCUUGAUUUGGAAUUGUGGUUUACUGCAAGGCAGAGGUUUAAUUCUAGGAUAUCAUUACUGCAGUCUUUGAGACUUAAGUUCACAAUUUUUCUGAUUUUUGAUUACAUUGAAAAAAGUGAAAUUUGAUGAAAGUUGUAGUGAAAUUGAGAUUAUUUCCUAAAAUUCAUAUUUGUGUGAUAAGCAUGGGUAAUGUCUUGAAAUUGUAUUGAAAAUAUGAAACCGAAUGAACUUUGGCGUGAGUUUGAGAUAAUAUGUUAUAUGUUACAGAAUCCGAUCACAGCUAUAUAUAUCAUUUGGCCAAUGAUUUCUAGAUCAAGCUUCAGUUACAAAUAUACAGGUAGACUGAUUAAUAUGGUUGUGAUGUUAUGGGUCAAAGGUCAUGUGAAGCUUUUAAAUCCUACAACAUACAAUAGUAUCAUAUGUACAUUUAGCUAAUAACCAUACGCAAAUAUAGAUGUUUUAAGAUAUCAUUCUUGCAUUUUUCACCCUUUUAAUUGUAGAUACAGAGCAGAAUCUCCAUCAUACUGUUAUUCAAUUACAGUAACCAUGCAUGUUUUAGGUUUUACAAGAAAGAAAGGUUAAAAGUCCCGAUUCUGAGGGAACAUUGUUUAAUAUACUUUUAUUCCAUUUAGCUUAAAACAAGGUACCUGUCAUUUACCAUGUCAAAGUGAAAUUCAUGAAUUCCAUACAGCUUUAUGUCCCGAUAUUUACAAAAGACUAGGCUAUAUACAUUUUAAAUAAUUUCCCUGCUUCAGAGUCAUGACUUCUUGGAAUACAGGGGUAUCUACAUACUCUAUACAAUAAGAUGUUAACUCCUGGAGUUUGUAAGAAAACCUAGGUAAAUGAUUUUUCCAGCUGCUGUUGAUAAAUUUUCAUUAGAUUUUGUUGGCAAUGAUGUUCCUAUGUAAAAGUUAUGAUGAUCUGUAGUUAUGUUUCCUGUGACAAUGACCCAUUGUUUUAGUCCCGUUCACCGUUAAUGUUUUGUGUGGAUAAUGUCUUUUUUGUAAUAGAGGCUGUUAUGUUAGAUAAAGCUUUGAUACCUUCCUAUAUGUAUUAAUGUAUUCCAUGCACAAAUUGUUCAGAUAGAAAAUUGGAAAGUUGACGGGUUAUAGGACUACACCGAUGUGUGAGAUUUUAUCUGGAGUUGGUAAAGUCUGUUUAACAAGGAUGUUUAACAAGGAUGAUGAUGUUCCUCACAGAGAAUCUGUGUCGGACACAAAGAUAAUGCAUUCCAAAGUUAAAUGUUGGUUUAGUUAGUCCAUCAAGUCAUUGCAUCAUCAUUAUGUGUAUAAGGUUGAUAAAUUAAACCCAUUGGAUAGUGUAUACCUCAUAUAGCUGAGGAUUUGUAAGUAUCCAACUGACUCUCUCCAGAUUUUGGUUAUAAGGGCAAAUUUUAACUCAUGUAAGUUGUAUGUUAAUAGGGAUUUGAACUCAAGUGAAAUUGCAAUCAAUAGGGAGCAAGUGUUAUGUUACUGUUAUGCUGAUGCUCAGCCUGAAGAUUUUACCUGUAUUUGGUGGAACAUUCCAAAGCUAAAGUUAAGUACCAGGUGACAUUUUCUCCAUGUUAGGACUUGUUACCUAUAAAGUCACCUUCACACAACACCAGUGAAUCUUAUUUCUGUUGUUUAUGACAACAGAUAUCGUUAAAGUGGAAGUUGUUCAUUAAUUUUAGAUUUUCUUUUAUUACAAAAAAACCUUAAGUAAACAAAUCUAUGAUAUAAUGAGUAGCUGAGGUAAACCUAUUCACAUUGAAUAGUUUGGGAACUCAAGAAAACCCUGACAAUCCUACAGCACAUCCCAAAUAUCCAAUCUUUCUCCAAAUCUGCCAUAAGCUGGUGAUAUUUUAAGAUUCUCCGAUCAGUUGGAGUUAUUUUGUAUUUAUUUCUAUUUAUUCCAUCUUUUAUAAAGAAAAUGAAAUACAAAAAUGUAAUAAGGAUAAUGAAAUUGAAAAAUUCUCAUUAAUAUGAUUUAAAACAAAAUUGCCAAAAUAGACGUGUACACUGGUCAGUAGUGGUUCUACAUAAAGAUGGCCUACCUGUAUUCUCCUGGUCACAAAAUAAAAAUCCAUGGAUUAUUUUUAAACAGCUUCUCCCUGCUGUGUUGAAGUCAUUGUGCAAUAUUAGCUGCCUGUAUGAUCAACUGUGUGUACUCCGAUAACAUUUCUGCUGGAGUGAUGACCCUAGCUAGCCAGACGUUCCGUAGAAGCUUCUCUCUCCCAUCAUGCAAAUUGUUUUCAAAUCUAUUUUUUUUUUUGAAUUUGUUGAUAUUAAUCAACACAUAUUUAUAUAUGUGUGUAUAUAUAAUAUUCUAUUUAGUUAUGUAUAUAUAAGAAUCUUGUUGAUGCAGUGUAAAGUGUUAAGUCAUUGUGAGUUAGGGAUCAUAUAUGUGUAAUGAAUCUUAGGCCACUCGUGAGAGAGAUAGUGCACUAUUGAAUUGUUGACGUACCCUUGAAUUGGUCAUUCCAAUGGUCGUAAUCUAAGUUAUAAAUAACUAAGUUUAUUUGGACAUACAUCAGUCUUUCUUUAUACUUUCUACCAUGUUAAGUUUGAGUCAGUCAUAAACAUAAUAAAUGUAUUAUAUAAUUACUACAAAACAAAACAAGUCUGCUGUUUAACCUGUUACCAAGCAACCUAGUUAUACAACAUUGUUGAGCUUUUAAACUAUUGCUUAAAAGGACAAAAAAACAUGAAAGGAAUAUUAACUUUGUGAAGAUCGCAAAAUAUUGAAUAACUAUAUAUGUGUAUGAGGAACUUAACUGUAAAUGAAAAUUAUAAUUGUGUCAAAAUAUUUUGCAGACAUGUGAUUGGUGAAUGUUCAUACUCGACCAAAAUGUUAUUUAAUGACAUACCAUGUGGGUAUAUUUAUAAUGUAAUUAUCUUGUAUAUUUUAUUUAUGUGAUCUUUAAUAUGCCUGAUACAUGUUUGCUGAAAAUUCACAAAUUCAAGAAUUGUUGGGAUUUGAGCAAUUCUUUGGGUUGACAAAUCCCAAUAUUCAAUAGAGGAUUAAGUUAACCGAAACGAAUAAACCAUUCUGUCUUGGAUGAUCAGUCCUCUUCAAGUUUAAAUUUACGUUAUGAUGUAUAUACACUUGUACAUUGUGAAUUCUCGGCCACUAACUAAAGCCUACCGAGGCUGUGUAAAAGGUGAUUUUUGUGUGUUAUGGUUCUGUUAAGAUCUUGUGAUUCCAAGUUAUUGUAUUAGUACUCACCAGAAUGUUUCCACUGUUUCUGUAAUGGAUCUGUAUUGAGGAAAUAAAGCCAUCUGUGUACAUAGCUUA